CACAACCGCAGUCGCCUUGUUACGCACCGAGCGAGCGGAGCCCAGAGAGCGGAGCGCCUCCGUCCUGUCGCGGGACUCACGAGCACCUCCGGGCCGCGCGGACGUUAACCCGCACUCGACAUUUGUGGAGCUACUCGCUCGCGCGGACUGGACUACCGGCCGCGCGCAGGACGUCGUGCGCAACGAAGAGAUGAGAAUUGUGUCCUGAAACCAGACGUUGCCCGAUGCCGCUCUAGAGCGCGAGGCACCGGCCCCCCCAUGGAGUCCAGGGCCCCCCACCGCAUCCCCGGCGCGGCGUCCUCCUCCCUCGCCUCCCAGCCGCUGCUGGACAGCCGCGUGCCGUCCGGCCGCCUGCAGCACCCGCUCACCGUCUACCCCAUCGACCGCAUCCCGGCGUCGCACGCGGAGAACGACUACAUCGACAGCCCCGCCGUCGUGUCCCGGCAGCCGCCGAGCCACAAGGCCGUGAACCGGAGGGUCAACUGGCUGGGUCAGAACCAGGAAGCCUUCCUCGGGGCCAACCACAACCACCACCACAACCACCAGCAGCAGCAGCCCCACCACGACACCACCACCCACCCGUGGAUCUCCUUCAGCGGGAGGCCCAGCUCCAUCAGCAGCGGCAGCAGCACCUCGUCGGACCAGCGGCUGCUGGACCACGCCGCCCCCACCCCGACGGCGGACCGCCACGCCAACCCGCACCCCCACCAGGGCCCCGGCAGCGCCGCCGCGGCCCGGACCCCGGGCUGCUUCGCUUCGCCCGAUUCCAAAGUCCUCACCUCGUCCUCCUCGUCCUGCUGCGCCGCCUCCUCCCAACCGCCGGACCUCCAGUCGGCAAAGAUGGCGGCGGCGGGAGGAGGAGGCGUGUGCGCCGGGGGCCGGCAGGGGUCGGCGCCGAUCCCUUCCUCCCCGGCCGACAAGAAGCACCUCCUCCUCUGCGAGCGCUGCGGGAAGUGCCGCUGCCCCGAGUGCACGCUGCCCCGGACGCUGCCCUCCUGCUGGCUGUGCCACCAGGAGUGCCUGUGCUCCGCCCGCAGCCUGGUGGACGGCGCCACCUGCAUGUGCCUCGUCAAGGGCGUCUUCUACCACUGCACCGAGGACGAGGACGACGAGGGCUCCUGCGCCGACGAGCCCUGCUCGUGCUCCCGGGCGCACUGCUGCGCGCGCUGGGCCUUCAUGGCGGCGCUGGCGGCCGUGCUGCCCUGCCUCGUCUGCUACCUGCCGGCGACGGGUCUGGCCAAGCUGGGACAGAAGUGUUACGACAACGCCAGCCGGCCCGGCUGCCGCUGCAGGAGCCCGCGGGGCGGCGGCGUGGAGGCGACGGUCGGGACGCCGGAGAAGCAGCGGCAGGCGUCGUGAGGGCCAAGCGGCUCGCGCUAGCCUCCGCUAACUAACGGACGGGACUCGCCACGGAGAGGACAAUCCAACGCCGACCCCGUGAACCGCCGGGAGGCCGCUUAUGUACAAACACAGGGACUCACGCGGCUUCUUGGCGUCCGCCGGCGGCCCGGUCGGUAUCAGAAGCUCGCGGGCCGACCGAGAUGUGUUUGAUGUUUGUUUGAGCGACUCGAGACGAAGAAGACGAAGACGAAGGAGACAUCGUGGGACCGGUGUCGGUGUUGUCGGCGGCCGAAGGCACGACGUGGUCGCACCGCUCUGCUGCUCCGGAUUCCUCGACUUCACUUUUGUAACACUCACGAACCAGAAGACGGUUUUGCUGAUUCUCAGAUAACAUAAAAGGGGAUUUGAUGAUGAAUAUCUGUCCCCCCACCCCCCCCCCCCCCUGUGAUCACCACACCGGGGGGGGGCUUUAGGACUCGCUCUAGAACGCCGUCGUUUAGCGUCGCCUCGCUCUCUCGUUUCGCUCAAAAGACGUUAGCCGGGUACCGCUAACACGUUUUAUCUCCACGGAGGAGCCGUGUGGAAACGAGCCUGAGAGACGUAGAGACAUCAGUGACUUCACAUCAUUGUUACUUGUGCAUAAAGCAGAGAGAGAGAGAGAGAGAGAGAGGGGGUCACGUGACCGUGUGUUUCCUGUUUUUUAAGGCGGUGAAUCCCAGAGAUCCUUCCAGAAGGUUUUUUUGAACGCUGCUCCCCGAUCACCUCGGAGGUAAUGCAUGUCGUGACCUGCAUGCUCUCGUCUCGCGGUUAGCCGCCGCGCGAGAAGUCGAUGUGUCGCAGAGAAAUUGUGUUAAAAAAAAGGAGAAGAGAAAAACAAACAAAAAAACAAAGUCCUCCGUCUCAGGGAACCUUCUCCAGCGAUCCUCUCCAGAAGCGCGUGGACCUCUAAGCCGCCGGAGAGAGCCGGGUCCACUUCCUCUUUGCACGAGAAGGCAAAGAAACAUUUUAGUCGCAAAAAGACAACAACAACAACAACAAAGGCAAUAGUGAAUAAUUUAAAGCGAGUUAGCGACAAACUGAAACAUAACGGGGGAUGAGGGGGAGGGGCAUAGCGAGAGCUGUUGUGUUUAUAUCUUUGUCGAAAUCGAAACCUGCCACUUGCACAACCUUUGUGUUUUUCGGAAGACGCAAACCCCUCAAAGUACUCAAAGCACAGGAUUCACGACCACCUCAGCUCUCCGGCGCACAUUCUGCUCGCGCCGCCUUUUAUUCUGAAAGUCUAUUUUUGCGGCGUUCUUCGGACUUUGCCAAAGGGAGCUCGCGUACAGGUAGCUCGUCUUCAGCCGUCGGGAGCGAUCGCAGUUGUUAUGCACAUUUGCCAAAUUGGGGUUUGACAGCGGCGGCGGUUGGUUGUUAAAAGGCGUCCUGCCCCUUUAAUACAGAUGGCCUUUUCCUUUUGCUGCUCCAUGACACACACACACACACACACACACCUCUCCUUCACGUUGGACCCUUAACUUCCAUUAGGGCGCCUGGCGUAGAGCUCACAGCUGUAUUUGUCUCGUUGCACAAAGCUGGUGUCACACAAAAAAAGAAGAAACACACACACACACACACACACACACACACUGUCCUUAGUCUUGAAUGUAUGAGGCAAUAUUUUUCAAAACCUAGCAAUUCAGUCCGAGAGAAAGGUGCCAAAACGGGAUGAUUGUGCGACUGGAGGCCUGAUGGCGAGGAAUCACAAAUGUUUUGAGGAUAUAUUUAGUAAUAGAAGCUAUGCAGGUGACGUGUGAUUCGCUGUAAAUAGUUUCACAACAUUUGUGUUCUUUAGACUUUGACACAAAAAAAAUGUCCUGGAAAGAUUGCAUGGUACGUUAUAACUACAAUUCAGUACAAAAUAUACAUAGAGAAUAUAUUAGAUAUAUAUUUUGAGGGUAAAGAUUGUGUUUUUUUUAGGUUGCGAGAAUAAAUGAGAAAUGAAAGAGAGGGAGGAGGAAGAGGAGGGUGGGGGAAAGGGGGGGUAACACACGAAUAUGACUAUCUAUCACUAGCACUUGAUUUAGAAAAGUAUGCCGGGCAAUAACAAAAAGAAGAAGUAGGAGAAGGAGAAGAAGAAGAAGAAGAAAGCUCCUGCUGUUGAUGCUCAUUAGCAGGCGGAGGCGGAGCUCCGGCCUCCAGCCUGUGGCCUCAUGGAGCCACACGGGAACACAAGCUGCCCCUCCGGAUCAACCCACUUCCUGCUGCUCAGUGUAUCAGCUCGCUCCCCUCCUCUUUUUUUCUCUCCCUCUCUUUCUCUCUCUUUCGCUCCCCCCCCCCCCCCCCCCUCUCCUUCCUCUCUUCCUUCUUCUUCCCUCCCUGAGAAAUAGUCCAACAAAACACCCCUGGCCUUGAUUGACAAACACAGCUGCUGUGCAUAAACUUGUCAUACCACAGAGACGGAGAGAAAGACGAGUCUGUCUCUCUCUCUCUAUCCACCCCCCCCCCCCUCCACCAUCUUUGUUUUCUUUCUUUCUCUGGAUUUUGUAGUUCUGUGCCAUCUUUCUUAAUCAACGGACCUCUCUCUUAUUUGUUCAACAGUCGCUGCCUUUCUUUUCUUUUCUUACGCAGCUCCGUCACUGUCAGAGUAAAUACUCUUCACUUCAAGUUUAGCUUUUUUUAAUUUUAAUUUUUUUAUUUUAUUCUUUUUAUUCUUUAACGUGUGGAAUAAUCAUCCAACGAUUCAAAUUUUUUUUUAAUUCCCCUCUCUCUUUUUUUUGUGCCUCUGCUAUACAAUGCUGUGACUCCCCCCCCCCCCCCACACACACGCCCCUUUCUUUGUGUCGCUUAUUUUAUUUUAUUUUAUUUUUGUUGUUGUUAUUUCUUUUCAAUCCAAACAAGAGGAAAAGUCUCUCGCGGCGGCGGCGAUGACGCUCCAUUCCUUUUACGCCUUUCGCAAUGUUUCAGUGUUUUUUGGGGGAUUUAAGAACUGAGAUCUGUGCUUUUUGUUUUUUGUUUCGAUAUAACGAAGAAGAAAAAAAGAAAAAAUAUCUCCCCGUAUAAAAAAAAGGUUCCCUUUAUAGAUAUUUAUUUUGAAGUUCUAUUUUAUAUAGUAUUUAUUUAGAUGGCAACUCUUUUUUUGUUUGUGAAGAAAGCUUAUGUCGAAAAAGGAAUGUACAUUGACAAUGGAAAUAUAUAUUGUUAAAUAUA